CCCCGCCCCCGCCGCUCCUCUUCUUAUCGUGUGACCUCCGCAAUCCUCAGUUGAAGCGCCUGCGCUGACGCCUUCCACUUCCACUGCGGCGGGAGCCUUCUCCUCCGCUUAGCCUUAGCGCCCAGCCAAAGGACAAGUCUGCGGGCGAGCGCGAUAGAUAGACCGAGCGAAACCGAUCCGAGACACCAUCAAAACGAGCGGAAAAAUCAGUCCAGACGCGCGUUAGAGUCGCCAAAGCUUAUCGCUCCACUCCACUCCCCUCCCCGCCGCAACCCGCAGCCUUUGGUUCCGGUUAUAUAACGCGGCUGCGUGCUCUGCUUCCUCCGGUUUGCUCUGCAUCCUCCUGUGCUCGUCCACAAGAUUAACAAGCAAGCCACGCGAAAUAUAAACACACGCGCUCUAGAACCUGUAGCUAGCUGCACCAACGUAGACGCUAGCGCCGUCACUCGUAGUCGUGCCGCUUUUUUGUGGUAAUCUGCAGCACUUGCUGAGACAGGUAGCUUUGCUUGCUAUAGGCUAGUGUCACUUGCCCAGGACAAGCAGGGGAGACAUGGCACUGACAGUGUUCGAGACCACCGAGCAGCAGCUCCUCCCGUGCCAGCAGGCCGUCGAGCAGGGCGCUGGAGAUGGUGGCAACGGCAAGGCCGCAGCUGCUGGCGCCGAGAAGGCUGCUGCCGUCAUGCUCAAGGAGACGGACCACGGCGGCGACGGCGACCGGCCGGAGAGGGACGACAUAUGGAACAUGAUCCAGGCGCAGAAGCCGGCGCCGCCUGCCGUGCCCAGGCAGGCGCAGGCGCAGGCGCCGUACGUGCACCCGCUCGUGCGCCGCUCGUCCAGCCUGCUGACGCAGAAGAGCCUGGAGAUCUGCACCGAGAGCCUCGGCUCGGAGACAGGCUCGGACGGCUUCUCCGACACCGACGGCUCCGCCACCGACCGCUCGUGCCCGGGCUCCGACGACGAGCGCGGCGGGGAGGAGGUGGCACCGCGCGCGACACCGCCCAGGGCGUUCCCGCCGCCGCUGCCGUCGCUGGCGCGCCGCAAGGUGGAGUCCACCAUGGAGAUGCGGCAGGAACGCCAGGACGGCCGCCUGCUCGUCAGGGUCGUCCCCGUGGCGUCGUCCACGCUGUUCCGCGCGCAGCGCCGCGGCGGGCGCCUGCUCCUGUCGUUCGCGGACACGGCCGCGCCCCCCGCCCCCGCCUCGGACGAGGUGGACAGGAGCCGCGCCCAGCCGGAGACCGAGCCGCAGCAGGCCGACGAGGAGGACGAGGAGGAUGAGGUCGAGGUCGUGGACAGGGGAACCGUCGUCGAGGUGAAGGUGAGCGCGCAGCCGCAGGCGCGCAGCGGGAGCGGCCCGCGGGUGCACCGCUCCGCGCUCGUCAUCAACAAGUUCGUGGGCGCCGAGCCGGUCACACCCUGCGAGAUCGACGACAGCGCCACAGCCCCGAAGCGCUCCACUGGGUCCACCACCACGGCGGUCGCGGCCCUGGCAGCGGCCUCGGCGCUGAGCGCGACCGCCGCGCCGCCGAACAAUGGCGACGACGCCGUCCCCGGCGCCACGUGCGGCGAGAACAAACUCCUGAUGACGGCGAAGCGGCACAGCAGCAAGGAGGAGCUGAUGAAGCACAUGCGCCGGUGCAGCGGGCAGCUCAGCCCGUCGCUUUUCGUUUGGGAGGGGUGCAUCGCGACCUCCUCCUGAACGCCGCGCCGCACUCUCCGGGCGGGUCCACGCGGCCGCCAUCGCCGAUCAGUUCCAUUCCAUGCAUGCUUUCAACGAGUGCUAUCUGUUUGUUUGCAGCAGCCGCUGCUGGUGUAACGUCGUCGUCCGUAACGUAAUGCUGUCGUUGUUACUAGUAAGUGAUGAUCGUCACGUGAUUGGUUUAGCCGUGUAUGUGUGUGAGAUCAGGUGAGGAGGGACAGAGAGGUAGCCCAAUUGGUUUGGCAUGUCACCUUGCAUGCCCUGCUUGUUGUAUCUACUACUACUACUAGUGCCAUUUGCAUUUGCAUGCUGCUGCUACUACUAGUGACCGUUGUUUAUGAAUAAUAUGAACUCUCUAUGACCUAAUGACUGUGUUUUCUUA